GUGAAUUCCGAGCUUAGGGCUGGGGUUUUAGGGUUUGGUCUGAGAGGUUGAAGGUCUUGAGAGACCAGACAAGAGAUCCUCUUUUCCAGUUUUUGUUCUCUUGCGGUGGAAGCUCCGCAAGCUUCAACACCAAGAUGGUGCACGUUGCUUCCUUCCGCAAUUAUGGGAAGACAUUUAAGAAGCCCCGUAGGCCCUUCGAGAAGGAACGUCUCGAUGCUGAGCUGAAGUUGGUGGGAGAGUAUGGUCUCCGCAACAAGCGCGAGCUCUGGAGGGUGCAGUAUGCCCUUAGCCGUAUCCGCAACAAUGCCCGUAUGUUGCUUACCUUGGAUGAGAAGAACACUCGUCGUAUCUUCGAGGGAGAGGCCCUUCUGAGACGCAUGAAUCGGUAUGGUCUUCUCGAUGAAAAUCAGAGCAAGCUCGAUUAUGUGCUGGCUCUUACCGUGGAGAACUUUCUGGAGCGACGCCUCCAGACUCUUGUGUUCAAGUCUGGCAUGGCCAAGUCCAUCCACCACGCCCGUGUUCUCAUCAAGCAACGCCACAUCAGGGUCGGCAAACAAAUCGUCGAUGUCCCCUCUUUUAUGGUUCGCGUUGACAGUCAGAAGCACGUUGACUUUGCUCUGUCAAGCCCACUUGGUGGCGGAAGACCUGGCAGAGUGAAGCGCAAGAACAUGAAGGCUGCAUCCAAGAAGGCAUCCGGUGGUGACGAUGAUGAGGAAGAGGAUGACGAGUAGAUCUUGAAUUUACCAGUAGCGGAGGGGGUUCACCAGGCUAUUUCUGUGAUUGAUGAAUAACCUAAGAAAAGCAGUUGAUUCCCUUUCCUGUGGAUAACAAUGCAUCCACUCUUUGUGUCGAUUUUCCUCUUCUUUUACGAUGUGCAUUUUCGUGUAGGUAAGCUUACAUUUGCAUUGACCGUGUUUGUUUGUAAUCCGUAAGAUCUGGAACAUAAUUCCGAUACCAUUUUAUUUUGAA